GUCUGCUGGAAACUGCACCUGUCAGUGUCACUUCAUUGCAAUCGUGCCACCAAGGUUGCGACGUCACUAGUCAAGGCGCAAUCGCCAAGAAGAUGCACUGCCGCCUUCGCUAGUUUGAUGACUUGAUGGGUUCUUGAUGGCGGAACAUCGUGCCAGAACUCAUCAGGAAUAGGACCCAGAUAGAACUCUUGAUCAUCUUCAUGCAACGCAGGCCUCCGAUGUAUCAUUGUGUUCCGGCCCCCGGGCGGCCGCAUCAUAUCCUUUUGAUGAUGGCCUACUGACCGUUGGUGGCGCUGAUGCUGACAAUUUGAAUAGAGCCCAGGGACGCCGCAAGACCGCUGUUGCAAUCUCUGAACAGCUCGAUGGUAGCUGGUCCUCUCGCCUGAACAGCUGUGCAGCCUUUCAAGCAACUCAACAGGGUGUGAGGAGGUCAUCAUGAAUCUCGAAUUGCCUCUGACCUGGUACCGCACGCGCUUCCUUAUCGGCGUGGUGGAAACGCUCCUGCCUCCGUUUAUCCUGACCUAUGUCCUACUCACAACAAUCCUCGGUCGAUCUGGGACUGGGUUCGUUGCAGCUCUUGCUUACAUCUCGUCCAUCCCACUCUGGAUCUCCUUGACUUCGCGGUAUUCGGUGUGGAAGAAUGACAGGCGUGCCAGGCAGCUCGGAGCAGAAGCUAUUCCACGCGCAAAGGGUAGAUGGCCAGGAAACGUCGACAUCAUGCUGCGAUUCGCGAAGGAUUUGCGAGAAGGGUAUAUUCUGCAGGCAAUGGGAGAAGUACUUGAUGAGUAUGGCGUCGAUACCCUCAAUACUCGUAUUCUCUGGAAGGACAACAUUAUAACCCGAAACGACCUCCAUAUGCGCGCCGUGCACCAGACACAAUUUGAAUCUUUUGAGCGCGGAGCCGAGGCAGUUGAGAAGAUGGGAACAUUCCUCGGUCGAGGGGUCUUCGUAACCGACCGGACUGAAUGGAGAAGGGAACGCGCCCUCAUUCGUCCAUUCCUCAACAAGGAGCGCAUCUCCGACUUCGACAUCUUUCAGGAGCACGCUGACCGUACGCUCUCCAUCCUCUCGUCCUCAGCCUCCGCGCACGAGCCCAUCGACAUCCAAGACCUCUUCGCGCGCUUCACACUCGACGCCGCGUCCUCCUUUCUCCUGGGCACCUCUCCUGACGCGCUGGGCAGCCCGCGUCCAGUCCCUUACAAGGCCAGUAUCGGCUCGAAGGGCGCGGCGACUGAGGGUCAACUCGGCACCUUCUUGUACUCGUUCGAGGAGAUCCAAGUUACCAUCUCACUCCGCUGGAGGCUGAACACGUUCUUCCCGCUGUAUGAGAUUAAGGGCGACCAUACCCUCCCGCAUGUGGACGUCAUCACGAAGUGGGUCAAACCCAUUGUCGAAGAGGCAUUGGCUCGGAAGCAGCGAGAGAGGGAGCAGGGCAUCGAGCGUCAGCGGGCUGAGAGGACCAUGCUAGAGAAUUUAGUCGAGAUAACUCGCGAUGAAGAAAGAGUCCGCUUUGGCCUGCAAAAUGUAUUGAUGGCUGGCCGCGACACCACUGCUGGUCUUCUGACCUUUGUAGUCUACCUACUCGCUAUGUACCCCGCAGUCGCGAAGCGUCUCCGCGAAGAGAUAUUCGACGUCUGUGGGGCGAAUGGCAACCCGACUCAUGACCUCAUCCGCAAGAUGCCCUACAUGAACGCCGUCCUCAACGAGACCCUCCGCCUCUUCCCUGGCGCACCCAUGGGUAUCCGCAACGCAAUCCACGAAGUCCUCCUUCCUACCGCAGAGGGUGAACCCCCGCUCUACCUCCCCGGCAAGGCGCGCGUCACUUGGCUGUCACUACAUCUGCACCGACGCAAGGAUCUAUGGGGUGAUGAUGCGGACGAGUUCGACCCCAACCGGUGGAUAGACCCCAAACGGCUCGCACGCGUCGAAGAGCGACCGUCCAUGUAUAUCCCUUUCCUGUCAGGGCCGCGUUCGUGUCCUGGACAGAACUUCGCGCUGAAUGAGGCAUCAUUCAUGCUCGUCCGCCUGUACCAGCGCUUCUCGGGCUUCGAGCUCGUCCCUGACGCCAUCCCGGAGGGCGCCCGUCCUCCGCCUCAGUGGAAGGAAGGAAAGGGCCGCCAGCAGAUCGAGCAGGUCUGGCCGAGCACCGCGUUCACUGCGUUCGUGAAGGGAGGGCUGUGGGUUCACCCUUUACCGUAGAUCAUUAGCUCAGGUUGAGUUACGAAGGGAUGCUGGGAGGUGAAAGUCGGAAUUGAACGGACAUCACGACGAACAGGGUCGUUUCUGCCGCGCUUCCCCUCCACCCAAUGUUACAUCUACGAACUCCGUCAUCCCUCCGUCGGUGGAAUACAUUAUGAAUAUCUUGUGUCCUCGAGCAGCGCAAGCGAAUCUUUUGAGCGUGGGCG